CCGGUCGCAGUGAAAAGGCGGAGGCGGUGGCCUCUCCGGCUCUCACUGCCUCCCCCUCCGCACCCCCUCCCCACCUCCCGCACCCGCCAAACUUGAUGUGACCCUGGCCCGACGCGACGGCUGCCCCUCUCACCGCCCCGCCGGCCUCCCCACCCACCCCGCACCCGCGAGCGCACCGCUCACCGCGCGCCUUCCCACUCCCCGCGGGGCCGGCGCGGCGCUCGCUCUAGCGUUCCUUCCCGCCGCCCCCUCCCCCGCACCAUGAGCAACCCGAAGCCGGACAGCGAGCACGGCGGCGGCACCGGCACCGGCUCCGGCGCGGGCUCCGGCGGCGCCCUGGAGGAGGAGGUCCGGACACUGUUUGUCAGCGGCCUCCCUGUGGACAUUAAACCCAGAGAACUGUACUUGCUCUUCCGGCCGUUCAAGGGGUAUGAAGGGUCCCUGAUCAAGCUCACCGCGAGACAGCCUGUUGGUUUUGUGAUCUUUGACAGCCGGGCAGGAGCAGAAGCAGCCAAGAAUGCGUUGAACGGUAUUCGCUUCGAUCCUGAGAACCCACAGACCCUGAGGCUAGAGUUUGCCAAAGCCAACACCAAGAUGGCCAAAAGCAAGCUAAUGGCGACUCCAAAUCCUAGCAACAUGCAUCCCGCCCUAGGAGCACACUUCAUUGCACGGGACCCCUAUGACCUGAUGGGGGCUGCUCUGAUCCCUGCAUCCCCAGAGGCCUGGGCCCCCUACCCUUUGUACACCACAGAGCUGACCCCAGCCAUCUCCCAUGCGGCGUUCACCUACCCAGCUGCCACUGCCGCCGCUGCUGCCCUCCAUGCUCAGGUGCGCUGGUACCCUUCCUCUGACACCACCCAGCAAGGAUGGAAGUACCGUCAGUUCUGUUAGUUCUUCAGUAAGUGUUGGCCCCAGAGGCCCAGGACAAGUGUCCUCCUCAACUCCGGCUCCCUGCAGGGCUGGAGUUCCUCCCUCUGCCCGGGUCUUGAGAGCUUAGCCGAGCCCAGAGCUUGGUCACGGGUGCGUCAGGCUGGUUUUUCCUUCUGUCUGUGACUGCAGGCCAUCCACUUGUACAGCCCCUCACCAAAGGAAGGCCUGGCUUUGGCUCCAGUGCUGCGCCUCUGCUCAUGGCUGCCUCUCUCCCUCCCUCCAGGUCUGGUCACCGGGGAGUUGGUUCUGGGAAUCUAAUGUGGUACUGGGACAGGCGCCCUGAGCUCCCACCGCCCCCGGGUGGCCUGUACAGAGCUGCUGCUGCCCUCCAGAGACUGUGAAUCCUAAGCCUGAUUCAGUGGACUGCUUCCUGUUCCCCUCCCUCCCCUUCCUCAGCCCUGUUCUGCACCCUCAAGCCUUUCUCCAAUGCCUCCCAGGAGGAUUUAGGGACCUUCUUGCUGGGGCAUCCAGACCGAGCUCAGAGGCCUCACUGGGACCCAGCAAGGCCUGACCUCCCGCCCAAACUUGCUUCUGUAGCUCCUCCUCGAGGAAGCGAGGCGUUUAAUUUUGCAUGUUUUCUGGCAUGAAUGAAGACACUUACACUUGUGUAUAUGUGAGUGUACAGUUUGUUUUCACACUGUCACCAUAGCGACAGGUCCUGGCCCCCAGUGGUUCAUCCUGCCUGGCCCCUCCUCACCCUGCCCCUGCACCCACCCCGCUUCAGGGAGGCCCAGAGCCCUGUGGCCCCAUGCGCUUCCAGGCUCAGCUCCCACCUCCACCCAGCAGAUAGAUGGGGUUUGCUUUUUCAUUUCACACUGGGCUCCUCCUCUGUUGCUGUCUUCUUGGACCAGCCUCCUCUGCCCAUCCUGUUCACCUCUCCACAACGCACCCCGCCCGCCGCUGCUCCGCGUUUCUUCCAAACCUCGAAACCAACCAAACCGUGAAAAGUAUUUUUGUACCCUGUGUAACAAAAUAUUUAUGCAUCAUAAAGGAUUUUUCAUGUGUGUACCAUUAAUUAUUAAAGGGACCUCGUUCGCCCUGUCAGAUAAGUUUAAUGUUUAGUUUGAGGCAUGAAGAAGAAAAGGGUUUCCAUUCUUCAGCAGUAAGCCUUUGUGUCAGGCAUUUGUUUAAGAAAAUGAAAUGAAGGAAACAUUGUGCAAUGUUUUUUGUUUUGAGCAUAUCAGUGCUUUACUGUCAGCCGCAGCUGUGACCGUCUGGCCAUUUCAGAGUCGGGAGCCGAGGUGGCUGUUGUCAUUGCUGAUCCUGUGAGAAUGUGAAACUGGAUAAUAUAUGAAAUGCAAAAUAAAACAAAAUCAAGAUGA